AUGAAAUAAUCCUGAAUUCAGUUGUAGAUUCUAUCACAGAUGAUAACGCAUGGCCCGGUGGUUCUGAACCAAUACCGCCCAAUAAAAAACUGCUGGUAUUUCUUUGGUACAUGGCGAACCAGGAAACGUUAAGAGAAGUUAGCAACACAUUUGCAGUAGGCAUUACAACUGUUCACGAAAUCGUAAUCACGGUAUCAAAUGCGAUCAACGAAAACAUGGUUAACGUGAUUAACUGGCCAGAUCCUUAUACACAACAAGCUAUAUCAAGGGAAUUUCAACUCCAGUCUGGUUUGCGAGGCGUUAUUGGUUCCUUGGAUGGAACGCAUAUUCGGUUAACAACAGCCCCUGGUGGUGACAGAGAUUAUUUCAACCGAAAAAACUUCCCUUCUAUCCAACUACAGGUUGUGGCAGACUGUGACAUGCUUAUACGUGAUGCGUACACGGGCUGGCCUGGGUGCACCCAUGAUGCACGUGUCCUCCGAAAUUCUUCUUUGUUCGACAAUUCCGAAAAUGGACAAUGUGUAGUGCAUGGGAAAUUUAUUAUCGCGGACAGUGCCUAUCCCCUGAGGAAUUGGUUGGUAACGCCUUUCCGAGACAAUGGAAGACUGAAUGCACAACAACGCCGAUUUAAUCAGAUGCUGUCCUCCGCAAGACAAAUUGUUGAGCGAGUAUAUGGGCACUUAAAAGGAAGAUUUAGGAGGCUACGAGAAAUACCUGUUCGAAAGCUGUCCCGUAUAGUCUCACUGAUUAUUUCAGGAUGCAUCCUGCAUAAUCUGUGUGUUUUACAUCACGAUGACGUUGAAGCCUUUAUAGACAAUGAUGACGACGGGCAUCCUAAUGCCUACCCAAACAUUUAUGUUGACGGGAGGGAUGGAGCAUUAUUCAGACAGCAGCUAAUGGAUACAAUGCCCUUGUAA